AUGGCCAAUUGUGUGGACCCGAGUAUUCGGUCUUUAUUUAAUGUGAAGGACGAGAAGGCCGCGUGUGGGGUCGGCUUCAUUGUGUCCAUCGAUGGCAUAGCAUCUCAUAAACUAUUGAUGAACGCCAAGACACUGAGCGCACGUAUGGAGCACAGGGGCGCCUGUAGUUGUGAUAAUAGCACUGGUGAUGGGGCCGGAGUUCUCGCAUCCAUUCCGCAUCAAUUCUAUGCCAAAAAGAUUAAGGAUAGCAAAGGCAUUGAUCUUCCGGUCGCCGGCAAAUACGCGACGGGUAUCCUAUUCUUGGACCCAAUCACUCACAUUCAGGCCGAAGAACUGUUUGAAGUGUUGGCCGCAGAGAACGAGCUGAAAGUGCUUUGUUGGAGAGAUGUGCCCACAGACUCCAACUGUAUCGGCGAAGUGGCCAAAAGUAAUGAACCGCUUAUGAAACAAGUGUUUGUUGUGCCAAAUGAUGACAUCGACGACAAUGAAUUCAAAAGAAAA